UAAAUAUAGCUAACAUUGUCACAAUGAUGAAGAGGCUUUAACAAAUAACACGUUUCCUUAGCUUAUACUCGAUAUCUUUUAUCAUUUGUUAUUUGAAAUUCGUAAAACUAACACCAGAAUGGGAGUCGAAAUUGACGAAUACAAAUUAAAUCAAAAUAAUGAUCCUCUUCCGGAGAAAGUUGAAGAAGCGAUAAAGAAAAUAAUUAAAAAAGAAGGCUACACAGCUUACAAAUUUUCUACUAAAGCUAUAUCUACUGUUGGUGGCAACUAUUUUGGAUCUCUGUAUGAAGUUGAUGUUGUUGGAAGAACGGAAGAUGGUGAAAAAGAAACAAAUAUAUUUGUUAAAGGGAUCGUCCCCGCAGAUCAUCUUACAGCUCUGUCAGUCACUGAAAUGUUCAAAAUGGAAUUAUUCUUCUAUAACGAUUUAGCAGUUGUACUUAACAACAUGCAGAAUGAAGCUAAUGUACCUAUAAAAGAAAGAUACAGUACCGCUAAGUCAUUUCAAGAAAGUAUAUCGGAAGCGAUUAUUCUAGACAAUAUGGCAAAGAAAGGAUACAAAACAUUGAGCAGAUUUGAUGUGCUUCCUGUUAAUUUUGCAGAAUUGUGUGUCAAACAAUUAGGAAAGCUGCACGCAUUGUCUUUUGCUCUGGAAAAUAAACUCCCAGAAUAUUUUGAUCAACACAUUAAGACAAUACCCUGCCCAUAUAAUUUUAACGAAGAGUUAAAAGGUUUACUCAGAAAUUCUUCAAAAGCACUCUCUGCCUGUUUAGAUGAUGAUGCCCAAAAGAGGUUUAAUGCAUUUCUGCCAAAAUUAUGGGAAAAAAGUCAGGAAUAUUAUUUGGAUCCCAAAUACAAAAGGACAUUAAUACAUAAUGACUACAGGGCCAACAAUAUAUUGCUUAAAGAGAUUGAUGGUGAAAUCGUUGAUAUCAUACCAGUGGAUUACCAGUUGAUGCAUUACGGCUGUCCACUUCUCGACUUCUUCUUCCUCAUUUUCCUCGGCACAGACCAACAGUUCAGAAAAGACCACUUGGAAGACCUCAAGGAUAUUUACUUCGAGUCUUUAACAAAAAUGCUUAAAUAUUUUGAUAUCGAUGUUAAAUCCGUAUUUCCUAGAGAAGAUUUUGAGAAUUUGUAUACUGAGACGUUAGGUUACGGUCUGCUAUGUUUUAUUCACCUUAUGCCAUUCAUUUUUGCAACUGAAAAUAAUAUACCUGAUUUAGAUAAGGAUUACCUAGGUGAAGUUAGUAUUAACACUGAUCCUAGAAUGAAUGAGAGGGCUAGAGGGAUAGUCGAUGAUUUUAUUCGAUGGGGUGUACUGUAACUGGACUUUUUAUUAUUUCAGUAAAGUUUAAGAUAAUAUCACAAAUAUAAAAUUUAAAUCUG